CCGGUACUGAGCGUAUAUAAGACAGACGACGUCCUAUCACAAAGCGCAGUGUUAGAUUACCACGUCGUCGUCAACAACUGGCAUCGUGUUAUUGGCAUAGGCUCCGGGUGUUUUCGCAUUCAGUGACCUGCCGAGACUGGCAACAUUUUGUUCUAUCGAUAAGCAUAUCGAAUCGUCGAACAGUGAUCCAUCAAAUAAUCGUACAGAUCUGUUCUCAUUUUGGGAAAUCUUUGCUCGGUACUCGUGGUCCUCGUCGAGAUCAGAACCCUGCCCGUCUCCGUUAGUCGAGAGAGAAUUCGAUCGUCGUUCCCGAGAAUUUUGCGAAUCGAACGUUCGUCACGAAUUUAUUCGUCAUGGAAGCGAUGCUGGCCUCCAAUAUGGGAAGCUCCGAUCGUGUCGAUGGGAGCAAGGUGCAGACCAACUUUGCGAAAGUUAUCCAGAAAAAUAAGAAGUACACGCUGGCAGAUUCGUCGGACAGGGAAAGCGUUGGCAUGGACUAUCACAUCCAAACGAUCACCAAGGAUGACAAGCUCAGGAUACUCAAGUUCCUCAGGAGGUUCUUCUUCAGGGACGAACCUCUCAAUCACUCGAUCCAGCUGAUACCCGAGGGCGAGGACAGCACCUGCUUAGAACUUGAGGAGUACUGCAGCAUGUCCGCCGUCGAGAACAAUCUCAGCCUCAUGGCGGUCUCGACCAGCGGCGCCAUUGUUGGUGUCAUGUUAAACGGAAAAGCGGAACCACCGAGCAAAGAAGAACCAGAGUACAUAACCAAUUGCGAAAAUCCAAAGUUCAAAAAGAUUCUCAGGCUACUACGUUACGUGGACCAGAACGUAAACCGCGACGGACGAUACAGAGGGAUGAACGUCCUGGAAAUCAGAAUUAUCUCCGUAGAUUCAAGCUGGAGGGGCAAAGGGAUUGGCAAGGCUCUCAUAGAAAAAGCGAUCGAAAUUGGGCGGGAAAAAGACUUUCAUUUUAUACGUGCCGACUGUUCAUCCUUCUUCUCUGGAAAACUUUGCGCGGGAUUGGGCUUUGAACCAACAUACGAACUCCCCUACUCGGAUUACGUCGACGAAGACGGAAAACCUGUAUUUUCACCGGCACUUCCGCACACAUCGGUUGUUUCGUACGUUAAGAAAUUGUGAACGACAACGAGAACAUCAACUAUUUCACCGAAACCGAAAUCGAGUACCUGUUUAGCAAUCGAAGACAACUUCGACAAACGCACUCCAACGUUUCGUACAACUGUUCUUUAUCCGUUCACUUUCGUUUAAUCUUUUCUCGACGGCUAUUUUAACGUGUUGCUCACUUUCCUACACUUUUUCUUAAACGUUUAAUUUAUUUAUUACUUUUAUACGAAUCAACAUGCCGUCGCGAUAAUCACUUGGUCGUAUUGUGUAUGAAUCGAAUUUUUAAAAUGGAUGCUGCGUUACCAACAUUAUAAAUCAGUGGUGCGACCAGCGAUUCUGGGGCUUCGCGUGUUCGUAAUUUUAGCGGGACUUUUUUUUUUAGAGGAAAACUAACCUUACCCUUUAAAUGUUAUAUUCUCAUUAUUUAGUUACGCCACUUGUGCAAAUGAAAUAUUAUCCAGUUACAAUUCUUUGCAUUGUUGGACAUUUUUAAAAUACAGAUUUUUUAUUACUACUGUAUCGUAGGGAAUUUGAUUGAAUUCAAAUAAUUCGUAAUAUUUUCAUGAUUUACAUAGUUUAAAAUUUUAGAUAUAGUAAUUUAUGUUUUUGUAAAUUAGCAUAGAUAUAUAUCAUAAUUCCUGAUAAUGUUUAAACAUUACAAAGUUUAUGUAACACGAGGCAAUCUACUUUUUCCUAAUAAACUUUAUUACAAACUCA